CUGCAGCCGCUGACCCACAUGUGGCAGGACGGCGUUAAAUGUACCCCUAAAACGAGCGCAAGUGCUCAUGAAAGUGCACAAAAAGUGCGUGUUUUUGCGCUGAGGAACGUCCUGCGUUUUGUUAUAUGAUCUGAGGCGUGUGGAGGGAACUGUGUAGAGUGAAUUAGGGCUCAGAGCAGCUGUGACCCGGAGCCAAAGAUGCAAGAGGGGCCUGAACAGGGUGAGCAGAGUGCGGAGGAGAGUUUGGAGGAUGAGGAGGCCCAGCGAUGCCCGAUCUGUCUGAACCGACCCAGACGGGCAGAAAGAGCUGUACCCGACUGCUGCAGACACGUUUACUGCUCGGCCUGCAUCCUCCGUUGGGCGCAGAUGGUUCAGUCCUGCCCGGUGGACCGAAGACCCUUCAGUGUGAUCUACCUGCAGGGCUCAUCACAGCAGUCGAUCAAGCUUCCUGUGAAAGUAGCCAGACUGUCAGACGAGUCCUGCAUUCAGGAUGCUCCGAGAAUGUGUCACGUGUCUGUGGGAGAAACAGAGAAAAUGGAGAGAAUGCAAGAGAAAAACGCUAAUGCCAAACAGAAAUGCCACAGAAAAUGUGACACAGAUGCGUCUGUGCAUAAAAACAAAAAGUUGAGAGGAGACUCAUGCCACUCUCUUCUACUUACUCAGCGUUUUCACUCAUCACUGCCCGGCCAGCAGGGUACGGCAGUGGGCACUCGCACUCAGAUCAUAACAGAAUCUGUUGAGGUUUGUGAAGAGGGGCCAGAUGAUGUCCAGUGGAGGAGAAUGGAGAGAAAGCGGCGGUGGCUGCCUGCCUCUGUGCCUGUCCUUUCUACAGGUGUGCCCAGGUUGUCCCUGCAUUCACACUUGCUCCUGUCUGCUGUCUCUGCCUCUCUGAAUCUGCUGCUCCCUGAACACUCUGUUCCUCAUGGCAUAGUUUGUGCCAUCACAAAGGGAACCAGGGGCUCUGGAUCAAAGGGCUCCACAAAACCGGCAGAAGCGGUUGCAACCCGACGCUCCUCUCGGCACAGUCGUGCCGAGAUGGAGGAUUCCACAGCUGCACAGUCCCAACCAACAGAUGCGGACAUGUCUUCCACUGACUCCCCAACUACACCACAAACUGUACAUGAUAAUCAUGCUUCUACAAGCAGAGGCCAACAGGGGAACAAUCGGAGGUCUGGAGCGAAGACAAAAGGUCGUGCAAAGAAGGUGAAGGUGGAGAAACAUGAUGACGAGGAAUGGGAAGCAGAGGCUGAGAAUCUCAAAGAAGAUGGAGUCACAAAAGAAGCAGAAUCCGAGGAAGCAAGAACUGACCUGGAAACAAAAGCUGCUCAGAGCUCCGAUCAGGUCGAUAGUGAAAGAGAACCAUUGGAUACGGAGCAGGAAAUGGAAGUAGAGAAUCAGACAAGUCCUGCUGAGGAUGAACGUGUUUCCUCUGAUGCUAAUGACCAGGAAGAAGAAGAAUCUGUUUCCGCUGAUGCUAAUGACCUGGAAGAAGAAGAAUGUGUUUCCCCUGAUGCUAAUGACCAGGAAGAAGAAGAAUCUUUUUCCGCUGAUGCUAAUGACCAGGAAGAAGAAGAAUCAUCUGUUUCCGCUGAUGCUAAUGACCAGGAAGAAGAAUGUGUUUCCCCUGAUGCUAAUGACCAGGAAGUAGAAGAAUCAUCUGUUUCCGCUGAUGCUAAUAACCAGGAAGAAGAAUGUGUUUCCCCUGAUGCUAAUGACCAGGAAGAAGAAGAAUCUGUUUCCGCUGAUGCUAAUGACCAGGAAGAAGAAGAAUGUGUUUCCCCUGAUGCUAAUGACCAGGAAGAAGAGUCUGUUUGCCCUGAUGCUAAUAACCAGGAAGAGGAAACAACGGUAGUGGAGGAAACGGUCACCAAGAGUACUGUUGACGAAGAUGAAGACUAUCAGAUACUUUCACCAGGAGAAAACAAGCAAAGAGUGGAGGAAUGUGAUGAAGACCAAGUGGAAUCAACAGAUGUUUCUCCAGUAAUGGAGGACGAUUGUCUGCCUCAGUCCUGUGAGGUGCAAGAGCCCCAGUCCGUUUCUCCAAAUGUUGAAUCAACUCUCUAUGUGAAACCAACAGCUCUUCUUAUAGAAGCUGCAAACAAGAUCAGCGAUCUGGAACCAGAGCCUGACACCACAGCAGAGAAUUCUGAUGAAGGUCCCAAGCAAGAGCCCAGCAACCUUCCAUCUCUCCAUGUGGACCAGAACACCUGCCCAUCAGAUCAAAAAUUUGGAUUGGUUUCAACAGAGAAUGCCUCACCGAAGUCUCUGUACACAUUGAGUCCUCAGGACAACACUGACCUCAUCCCCAUGGAAUGUGAUUCACCUGCAUCUGAGAGUGAAGCCGAUGCUGUCAAAGUUGAGAAGGGUACUACUGCUCACGUGCCUCAGAUCUCCAAUGAGACGCCCAUUCAAGACCCUAUGCACAAGCCUGACUCCGGUACGGAGCAGAAAGGCACAGACAAAAAGGAUGGACGAUCACGCAGGUCUCGUUUUCACUCGCCUACGACCACCUGGUCUAAAAGCGAAGGGUCACGCAAGUCAAGGUCUCGUUCACGGGACCGCAAUCGCAAGACCCGUUCCACGUCAAGAAGUCGAGAUCAGCAAGUGGACGAACGAGACGGUAAACAGAACUGCAGUAGAGAGCGCAGUCGUAGUCGAGAACGUAGCCGUAGUAGAGAACGAAAUCGCAGGCGACGCAGUCGUUCCAGGUCCAGGAAUAGAAACAGGCCCAGCCGCGUUAGCCCAUCCCAGGAACAUUCCGAUCCUGGUGGCCGCUUUGAUUUUGGCGGCCGCACCGAUCACGGGGGCCGCACCGAUCACGGGGGCCGCACCGAUCAAGGCGGCCGCACUGAUCCCGGUGGUCGCACCGAUCACGGGGGCCGCACCGAUCAAGGCAGCCGCACUGAUCCCGGUGGUCGCAUUGACCACUGUGGCCACUCUCCACGCAAGAGGGACUCAUUGGGUGGGGACGGAUGGCAGAGCAGAGGGGGUGGACGAGGAUUCCGCGAUUCCAACUGGCGAAACAACUUUGAGAAGCCCGGUCAUUUUUCAACAAGAGAGCCCAUACUUUCAAACAAUGGCAACUUUCACGAGGCAUCACCAGACAGGGGCAGAAAUGAGAACCCGGACUGGGUAAGGGAGAGGGAGAGGUCUUGGGCGGACACUGAAACCAGAGGGCGGGAGCCACGAAGGGAAGAAAAUAUGAGCAAUCCAUCUGCCGAGUCUUGGUCUCGAGGUGGCUGGAAUGUUGAGCAGGAGCAGCGUUCUGCCGGACGUGGCAGGGGUGCCCACUGGGCUCCCAACCAGCAGAACGAACCAACUGAUAAUUGGAGGCAACGUACUUCUUUCUCAGGGACAACGAAUAACAUGGAUUCUUACAAUAGGUUCAAUGAAAACAGAAGCGGAGGGAAGAGAAAAGAGCUAGAGGGUGCUGAUAGUCCACUGGAUCGCUCGGGUUGGUCGUCGGCCUCGAGUUGGGCCAUGCGCCGAAAGCUCCCUGCUGAUGUGCAGAAUUACUACUCGCGCAGGGACAGAGGGGGCGGGAACAACGCCUGGAACAAACAAGACGAGGAUCAAGGUGCAGCAGGUCUCUCUAAACAACCAGAUCCUCCCCAGAAUGAGCCAAAUGCUCCCCUGUCAACCGAGGCUGUGCCAGCCCUUCCCGCCCUGAUGCCCCACCAACUUGGUGUGAUGGCGCUUCAUCAUUACCCCAUAACGCCUCUCAUGCCAAGACCACCAGUGGGUCUGCCGCCUCCCCAGUUCAGCAUGCCUCCGCCAGUACCAGUUCAGUUGCACCACACUGGACCUCUUCUCCAGGUCCCAAUGGCUGUGCAGGGACUGCCACCACCCCCACCACCACCUCCACCCAUCCAACAGGGCGGCUUUACUGUGGUACCCACUGAAACCCACCCAAAUCAGCAGACGAUGCCCAGUUUUCCUGUCCCAGGAAAAGGCUCAUUUAAACCCAUGCCAACCAAAGUAGGUGCAGGACCGCCUCCCCCUACUGCUACACCCAGUGUGGCCCAACCAUCCUCUACCACCACCACCCAAACUGCCUCUCACAGUAAGGCUCACGCAGACAGCUCAAAGAAAGAGAAGAAAUUGCAGAUUCAAGAAAGAGCCGUCAAUGAAGUGAAAGCAGCUAUAAAGCCAUAUUAUCAAAAGAAUGAAAUCAACAAGGAGGAAUAUAAGGAGAUUGUACGCAAAGCUGUGGAAAAAGUGUGCCACAGCAAGAGUGGCGAGGUGAACGCUGAUAAGGUGGCCAACCUAGUGAAAGCAUACGUCGACAAAUACAAAUGUAUUCGCAAAAACAAACCGGAGAUGAGUUGAGGGUUGGUGCUCUUCAUCAAGUGCAAUUCAUCCACCAUUGGUUGCUGCAGGUGUCACUGACUGGAGCCGUUCUUAACGUAUUUACAUACGAGAAUUCAGAUUUUUCUAGAGAUGACAUAUUUUGUUUAAUUUGGAUUUGAUAUAGUGCAAAUGCCCUUUAUUGGAUUGUCUCAUGAGUGUGUGUGUGUGUGUGUGUGUGUGUGUGUCUUAAAUGCUGUCAAAUGUGGGGGGUAAAAGGUCUAAAAUAGUGUUACUUUAAUUGCAUUUUGCUUCUAAGUUUAAAGUAGCAAAGAAAAAUGAUUAAGCAAAGCAAAUUAUUCAAGUGGUAUGACUGGACCUGCCCUGUCUCUCUCUUUAAGUAGUCAUAAAGAGGUCAUAUUCCCUUUAUAAAUGUCAAAACGAUAUGGAGUAUAUGUGCAUUAGCUUUAUUAUUUCCUGUUAAUUAUUCCCUGCAGAUUGUGGCGUGUAUGUGUUUGAAUGUGUGAUUAAAUCAUGAUCUUACGUGGAAGAGAAAAAAAAAAACACUGGUAGUUUGUCGCUGAGCUGAUGAUUUGUCAUAUACAGAUUAAAGUCCUGUACUUCUGUUCAGUCACUGUGUAUGUUUACCCACACAAAAUCAUGGAAAUAAACCAGCUCUCUGUA